GCAAUUAGUGCAAGAUCCAACAAAACUACAAAAUUCAAGCAUUGCUAGUCUCUCUCACAACAAAGAUAAUUAAUAUAAUGGUUGCAUAGUUUAAGAAAAUGAACAAACAAACAAGGCAUGAAGAAAAAAAAAUCCAAGUAUAAAGUGCAUGGCAUUAGAUAUUGAUGAGCGUUGUUCUUGAAGUUUGUGUCUUUGUUUUAUUUUCAAGGGGAAAGAGUUUCCACCAUUUCCAGAAACCUGAAGCAUUAAAUUCAAUGCACAAGUCAUCUAGAAAGAAAGGGAAGAUAAGAUGGAGCAAACUGUACUCAUUUUCCUGUUUUCAGCCUCGCACGACAGAGCCUAUUCCUGCUAAGGAUCUUAUUGGUCAGAUAGGAUUUUGUCGGACAGUCUUCUGCAAUGAACCUCAACUACACAAGACGAAGCCAUACAACUAUGGAAACAACUCUAUAUCCACAACAAAGUACAACGCUGUGACUUUUAUGCCCAAAGCACUUUUCGAGCAGUUCCGCAGAGUUGCCAAUCUUUAUUUUCUGUUGGCUGCAGCAUUAUCUUUCACUUCUUCAGCUCCUGUUAAACGCGAAACUCUCAUUCUUCCGUUGGUUCUUGUGGUGGGAAUUAGCAUGAUUAAAGAAGCUGUUGAGGAUUGGUAUAGGUUUUUGCAGGAUUUGAAUGUAAACAACACAAGUGUAAAAGCUCAUGCAGGAAAUGGCAUAUUUGUGGAUAAAUUAUGGAAAGAACUUUCUGUAGGAGAUGUCGUUAAAGUUAGUAAGAAUGAAUAUUUUCCAAGUGAUCUUCUUUUGCUAUCUUCAAGCUAUGAGGAUGGAGUUUGUUAUGUGGAGACAAUGAAUCUUGAUGGAGAAACAAAUCUUAAAAUAAAGAGAAGCUUGGAAGCCACUCUUGGGUUGAAUGCGGAUGAAAAUUUUAUUAAUUUUGAAGCCACUGUUAGAUGUGAGGAUCCUAAUCCAAGCCUUUAUACCUUUGUUGGGAACUUAGAGUUUCAGGAUCAAAUGCAUCCCUUGUGCCCUUCUCAGGUUCUUUUAAGAGAUUCGAAACUUCGUAACACAGACUAUGUUUAUGGGGUUGUGAUCUUCAGUGGAAAUGAUACCAAAGUAGUAAGAAAUUCAACUAAGUCACCAUCUAAAAGAAGCAAGAUUGAGAGGAAGAUGGAUAAAGUCAUCUACCUUCUUUUCUCUGCACUUCUGGUAAUUUCACUUAUCACUUCCACUGGAUCUAUACUGCUUAUGAAAUCUGACAUGGUUCAGUGGUGGUAUCUCCGUUUGCAAGAUCAUGAUGAUCCACUCUUUAAUCCAUUAAAUCCUGUAAUAUCAGGUUUCCAACAGUUCAUAAGGGCCUUUAUUUUGUAUGGCUACUUGAUCCCCAUUUCCCUCUAUGUCUCCAUUGAAGUUGUCAAAGUUCUACAAGCUAUGUUCAUUAACAAGGACAUUGAAAUGUAUGAUCAAGUGACCUGUAAGUCAGUUGAAGCUAGAACUUCAAACUUAAAUGAAGAACUUGGUCAAGUAGAGAUUAUUCUAUCAGAUAAAACUGGAACUUUGACAUGUAACCAGAUGGAGUUUCGGAAAUGUUCAAUUGCAGGAAUUUCAUAUGGGGGUGAUUUGAAUGAAGUUGAUCUUGCUGCUUCGAAACGGAUGAAUAGUGAGGUUCAUGCAAAUCGAUUUAGUAUUGAAAAUUCUAAUGAAAUGUUUUACUCUUUAGAUUAUAUUAGCAUCCAAAAGGCUGUUUUAGAUGGUCAUGAAGGUCUGGAUUAUUUGAAUCCAGGAAACUCAAGAACUUCUAAUGUGGGGAAAGAAACAGUUGUGAAAGGUUUCAACUUCAGGGAUGACAGGUUGAUGAACGAUCAAUGGAUUUACAGAUCUGAUCUGUUUGAUGUAACAAUGUUCUUCAGAGUAAUGGCUCUAUGUCACACUGGAAUUCCGGUUGAAGCUGAUGAAACUGAUAAGCUUAAGUAUGAGGCAGAGUCACCAGAAGAAGUAGCCUUUCUGAUUGCUUCUCAAGAAUUUGGGUUCCAAUUUUUCCAGAGGACACAAGCCAUAAUAGUUCUUAAGGAGUUGGACCCUUCCUCUGGAAAAAAGGUGAAGAGGGAAUACAAGUUGUUGCAUUUGUUGGAGUUCAGUAGUUCUCGCAAGAGAAUGUCGGUAGUUGUGAGCGAUGAAGAUGGUAAAAUAUUUCUUCUUUGCAAAGGAGCUGAUAGCAUCAUCUUUGAUAGGCUUGCAGAUAAUGGUAAGGCAUACCAACAAGCUACAACUUCACAUCUAUCAAGUUAUGCAGAAGAUGGUUUACGGACUCUAGCUUUCGCAUAUCGAAGACUUGAUCAGGCUGAUUAUGAACAAUGGAACUCAUUAUUUACAAAGGCGAAGACUACAAUAGGUGCUGAAAGAGAGGAAUUACUUGAGAAAGCAUCUGAAAUGAUUGAAAAAGAUUUAAUUUUAUUGGGAGUUGCUGCUGUUGAGGACAAGCUACAAGAAGGGGUUCCAGAGUGCAUAGAUAAACUUGCUCAAGCAGGGCUAAAAAUAUGGCUGCUCACAGGUGAUAAGAAAGAAACAGCUAUAAAUAUUGGAUUUGCUUGCAGCUUACUUCAACAAGAUAUGAAACAGUUCCAUAUAUGUUUGAGCAAGGAAGCUGACUCUAACAACAAAAUGAAGGCUAUGAAAGAAGAAAUUUUACAGCAGAUUGAAAGUUCAUAUCAUGUGAUGUGCACAAACAAUGAUAAGAGUUCACCCUUUGCUUUGAUUGUUGAUGGAAGAGCUCUUGAAAUUGCUCUGCAAAGUGAUAUUAAGUACAAGUUCUUACAGUUGGCUGCUAAUUGUGCUUCUGUAAUAUGCUGCAGAGUUUCUCCAAAACAGAAAGCUUUGAUUACUCGGUCCGUAAAGGAGUAUACUAGGUGUACAAUCUUGGCAAUUGGAGAUGGAGCCAAUGAUGUUGGAAUGAUUCAAGAAGCUGACAUUGGAGUUGGAAUCAGUGGCCAGGAAGGCAUGCAAGCAGUCAUGGCAAGCGACAUAUCAAUGCCUCAAUUCCGAUUUUUAGAGAGAUUACUUAUAGUUCAUGGGCAUUGGUGUUACAAGAGAAUCUCCAAGAUGGUUCUCUACUUUGUCUACAAGAACAUUGUACUUGGCCUCACUCUAUUUUACAACGAACUGUAUACAUGUUUCUCUGGUGAAGUAUUAUAUGAUUCUUGGUAUUUGGUGAUGUUCAAUGUUCUCUUAACAUCCUUGCCAGUUAUAUCACUAGGGGUAUUUGAGCAAGAUGUUCCAUCGGAUAUUUGCCUCCAGUUUCCAGCCCUUUACAGGCAAGGGCAAGAAAACAUAUAUUUCUCUUGGAGCCGAAUCGUGGGUUGGAUCUCGAAUGCCACGGUGGCAUCUAUGGUCAUAUUCCUAGCAACUAUGUACAUACUUUCCCCUUGUGCAUUCAUGGAAAAAGGAUAUGUUGCAGACAUCACUCAUUUUGGUGCUAUUACGUACACUUGUAUAAUAUGGACAGUCAACUGUCAAAUUGCUCUCAUUCUCACUCACUUCACUUGGAUUCAACAUCUUUUCAUCUGGGGAAGCAUUGUUUUGUGGUACAUUUUCUUGCUCGUAUACGGUGCACUCCCUCCUGCCUACUCUGGUAGUGGAUUUCUAGUCAUCACUGAAUCUAUAGGAUCAGCACCAAUAUACUGGAUGAUCACAUUGCUUGUAGUAGUUGUUUCACUUCUGCCCUACUUCAUACACAUUGUUAUUCAACGUUGGUUCCAUCCGAUGGACGAUCAUGUGAUCCAAGAAAUGAAGCAUUGUAAGAAAGAUGUCACAGAGAAUCAGAUGUGGCGAAGGGAACAAAGAAACUCUCACAAGAUUACUCAAAUUGGGUUUUCUGCAAGAGUUGAAGCCAAACUCUUUUCAUUUGAACAAGAGUUGAACAAAAAGAAAACGUCAAUAUAGAGAGAUCUCCUCACCAACAACCUAAUUUUCAUAUCUUCGGUAACUAAUUCAUUGUUGUGGGGUUUUGUUCAAAGUACUGAAUGAUUUGGGUUUUUUAUUCUUUGGAAUUCGAUUGCUUUGGUAAAUGAUAUUAUUUCUGUUCAUAAUAUCAAUUAUAAGAAAUAAGUAUGUUCAGUUAUUA